AUGUCGAUCUGGGGUUGUUGUGCGCUUGGAGACCAAUGCAAGGAUUCCUUUAUCAUUUGUCAAAAAUGUAAAAAAAUUUAUCAUUUUGCGUGUAUGUCUUUAGAUGAAAGCUCAUUUACUUUGGAAACACGGGAGUUGUGGUUCUGUCCGGAGUGUGUGAUACCUAAAGUUUCUAUAAGUGACAGCACCCCUAUUCGAAAUGUAUCUGUAUCCAGAGGUAAUAAGCGCCCAGCCCUAAACUCUCCUCCCAGCACUGGUUCAAUUACACGCGAUGACAUUCGGGAGAUAGUGGAGAACGUAUUUAAGACUAAUUUAACUGAAAUAAUAAGUAAAUUUAGCGAAACUAUAUCAUCAACCCUGACUCAAGAAAUAAAGCCUUUGCGGGAAGAAAUAUUAAUUUUGAAAGAAUCCAUUGGGCUGAUUAAUACCGACUGUAACUCGUUGAAACUUGAAAAUGAAGAUAUAAAGUUAAAAGUGCAAAAUCUGGAAAGUAUUAAUGAAAAAUUAUCUAAAAGCUUAAGUGAUAUGCACGUGCGUCUAAAUCAAGCUGAAUUACAGUUACGCCUAAACAAUUUAGAACUCCAAUGUGUUCCUGAACAGAAAAAUGAGAAUUUACUUGAUAUUUUUACUAACUUAUCGAAAACUAUUGGAUGCAAGAUAGACGUGAAUGAGAUAACACAUUGCACCAGAGUUGCAAAGAUUAAUAAAACGAGUACACGGCCGCGCUCAAUAAUUUAUCAGCUAACAUCUAGGAAGUCACGUGAUUCGAUACUUGCUGGUGCAUUAAACUUUAACAAGAAGAACCCUCAUAACAAACUGAAUAGCUCCGAUCUAGGUGUCACCGGAAGUAAAACGCCUGUUUUUAUAAGUGAACAUUUAUCCCCUACUGUAAAAUCAUUACAUGCAGCCGUUAGGCUGAGAGCUAAAGAAAAGAAUUUUAAAUUUGUAUGGAUUAGGAAUGGAAAAAUUUUUGUACGUAAAAAUGAGGAAACCGACUUUUUAGUAAUUAGAAAUUUUGAUAUGCUAGAGAAUAUAGAGUGA